AUGAGGGAAAAGGCGGAAUGGCAAGCGAUGAGAUUGUGCGCAAGUUCGAUUCUGGAGAAAGAACAAGAAUGCUGUGUACAGGAGAUGGCACGUCUCGCAGAGCCAGCGAUUGUUGUUUUGAACAACGAGGAUCCAGAUUUGAGUUAUUUGUGUACCGACUACAUCAGAGGUUACGCUUCAUUCCUUAUCAAAUUUUAUCCAAAUGAUACGAAUUUCAUUGAAAAAGUUAUUCGAACAGGACUUCAAAGAUAUGUUAUGGGAGACGAUAUGACAGUUGGAGGGGAUGGAGAAGAAGAAGUUGAAUUCCAAGACUAUCGAAGAGAGCUUCGUUCAAUGCUCAACGUCAUCGGUCUGAGACGUCCAGAGGCCAUUGUCAAUGCUAUCGAACCAUGGACAGCAGAAGUCACAGCUGGAGGAUCGACUAUUCCAGUUAACAAAAUAGAGGCUCUCCUGAAUGUACUUUUCCAUCUACACGAAAUCAUUCCGAGUAACAUGCUCCAAAAUCCGAGAGAAGGAGUUUCUCAACGUGCUGCACGUCUUCCAAUCGUAAUUCUGGAAGGAUUAGUUCUUGAUGGAAGAUGUCCGGCAGUUCAUGUUCUCUACUUUGAGUUGGCAUGUCGAUACGAACGACUUUUAGUAUUACAAGCUCAACCAGUAGUUAUAACUCAUAUUGCUGCCGCAUUCCUCGAUCAACGUGGAAUAUCCAUUCCAACUGGCAAUGUUCGAACCCGAAUCGUGUAUCUAUUCUGCCGAUUCGUCAAAUCUCACAAAGCGGUUCUAGGACCACUUGUCUCGGAAGUUAUCACUCGACUUGCUCCUCUACUUGCAGUUUCUCCAAAGUCAGAGGACAACCAGUUACUGUCUCCAGACGAUCAAGGAUAUAUUUUCGAGGCAACUGCGACAUUAAUUGUAUUUGGAGAUCUCACUUCCGAAAUGAAAUCCCAAUACGUCGGAGAGUUGGCAACAACAUUGGCGAUGAAGUUCGAGAAUGGACUAGUAGAGUUGAAUGCGGCGAGAGCGAGAAAAGCAGAUGAAGAAACAAUUCAAAUCAUUCUGCAGUUCAUGGCCAAUAUAAUUGGAUAUAGUAGCCGCAUGUCCAAAGCAUUCAAUAAUGCUCAAUCCAUGAAAGCUUGCAAUUGCAUUGAAAUUUAUCUGAAACUCGUUAAGUUGUUUGUUGAAACGUUAUCACCGGAAAACUCUUUCCUUCUGGAAUCAACUCGUCAGUUCGCUCAUCGUUUAGUCGUAUCGAUGGAAGACGAGCUGAUGCCCUAUAUGAGUGGAAUUUUCGAAAAGCUCGCAUUGGUCUCAACAGAUCUGGAUUCAAUGCAUCACUUGCUUAUUUUCUGUCAUCAAACGGUCGCAAAGUAUAAAAAGGCGAUGCUGACAAGUGGUGUUGAUCUAGGAAAUGUGUUGGCGAUUGCAGCAAGAACUUCGUUACAAGAGCAAGAGAACAAUUUACCAGCUAAAGAUGAUAGCCAACGAGCUCUUCUCUAUGUUCAACGAGCAUUUGUUCAACUUUUGUUCACUGUAAUCGUGAGUGAUUGUACUCCAGCACUGAAUACCUCCCCCGGACUUCUGGAUCAUGUGCUUGAAGCAGCUGCUCGUUUGGCUCUCUCAUCUGAUCAAACUGCCCAGAAAGUUGCUCUCUCAAGUCUUGCUAAAAUCUCGUUGAUUAUUCCUGCGUGGUCCGCGAGAACUCUCCGUGUAGCUUUGGAGAUUCCAUCUCUUUCCCACAUUACUCCAUCUGAUGCCGGAAGUACGUUGGUUGUUCAUGAAGUUUGUGCCACAUUGACAAGUCUUCAUCAAUCUGAUCCCGAUGGUUUUGCACGUGCACUUCGCGAACUUGUUCCUAAUGGAUUCUCCGAUCAAUUGUUAUCUGCAUUGACUAAUUUAAAAGGGAAGAACUUGGAUAAACAGGUUAUGACUAUAUACUCUUCGCUUAGGAAUCAAAAUGCCCAAUGA